AUGGCACCUGAACUGGACAUUGUUCAUCUUCUCGUCCGCUCUAGCGCUGACAUCAACGCAAAGGGCCAACUCGACCGCUCUCCUUUGCAUAUGGCAGUAUCGGCCACGAGCGGCCCAGUCGUCGAUGCCCUAGUCAGUGCAAGGGCAGAAGUAUCCAUUCAACAUGAUAAAGGCGAUACACCUUUACAGCUCGUGUUAGCCUAUCUAGCUUACACGGGUCCGAUGAGUGUGUAG